UUUCGGAGACGCAAUGCCAAUUUCAAAGGUUUCGCCCGCAGCGCGGGCUCGUGGCGCGAAGCGCGGGAGAGGCGCGAAGGGAGGAACACACACACACAUACACACGCGCGUCUCAUCGGUAGAGGGGAAUCCGGGGAAUCGGAGCAGACGACAUUGACGAUACGGCAAUACGAGUUAAUCGUGACGAACGAGAGGGGGAUGUCGUGGCACGCGGAGUGACGCUGAGCAUCGCCCAACGAGCCCGCAACAUGAAUCUGUACCGCACAAUUAUCUGACUGGGAUCUACUGAACCGAGUUGUCGUGUCCGCCGGCUGCGCGCACAAAUGCCAGGAUGUUAAGCGGUGCUGCCAAUAUGGAACUGAAUAAUGUUGGGAGCAACAAGAGUUCCGUAUACCUCGCGCUGUCGUUCCGAAAGCUGUGCCUGGCGACAGUCGGCUUGCCACUUGUAUCGCUGCUGUUCUGCUUCAUCACGGCGUACAUAUUUCAGCAGGACGACAUUCACGAGACUCAUUGUAGAGUCUACAACAUUCUUCCGUCGAUCUCAGCCAUUACCGGUGUAUCUCCACAGAGGUAUCUAUGGCGUAUCAGCAUAGCGUUACAUAUUGGUCCUAGACUGGUUAUCGCCAGUGUUUAUCACUCGUACUAUUACAAGAUACUUAAGAACAUUGAAGAUGUGCCUCUAAAAAUUAAGGGGAGUAGGCUCCUAAAUCUCUGCUACUGGCUAAACAUUGCCGAGGUAGCGGCUCUGUGUGGUGUAACAUAUAUUUCUAACAGAGAGAAUUACUCGGUGCAUGAAAAAAUUUUCAUAGUGUUCAUGAUUAGCUCGCUCAUGUACAUGCUGACCGCUGUGAGACUGGGUCGUCUAAUAACUCCAAAUGCACAAAGUCUUCAGUACAAACAAGCGCUCUUUAUGAUGAGUCUCGUCAGUACGAUCGGUCUUAUUGUUUUCUUUUUGAAACAUCGACUGCUGUGUCACGACUUGGCAUUUAGUUGGUUUUCGCUAUGUGAGUACGUGAUAGCUUUUGCAAAUAUGGGCUUUCACAUCAUGGUGGUUUUGGACUUUCCAAAAGAGCAACUGGUCGUAGGCCACGGUUUACCGGCCGUGAAAAUAGAUUAACCUUUUAGGAUAACUCGUCAUUCUCAUCGUCAUAUUAAAGUGCCUAUUGCCUCUGCAUGGAAGUGCUACAAACCGUGGUUUUUAAGAGAUGAAAGUUUUGGACGCCACAUGAUGCACAAUUUCACGAUUGUCUCAGUUUUAUGAUAUUUACGAUUGUGUUUCACUCUUGUGAAUAAUAUCAUUUGCUUCCCGCGAUAUUUAAGAGACACCGACACCAUUUUUAUCUUUACUUUUAUAUCGACUAAUAUGAUAUUUGACCAAUAAUUCCGAAUGUAAAAGGAUACGUGAUUCGAGAAAAAUGAAGAUGGAAUAUCUAGCGCUUCCAAAGUGUGGCACUGGUUACUUUCAAAGCGAUGAAAUAUGUAACGGCCUUUAAAUAUCGUUUAGUAAUAGAGUAUGAUCGUAGUAAGUGAUAGUUGGACAACAGUAUCCUACAUACAAACAGCAUUUAUCGUUAAGCGUAAAUUGAAUAUUAUUACUCGCAUCCUAUGAGAUUACUUGUAAAGACUUUUGAGCCUUCUUUUAUAGAGAUUUUUGCAAGGUGAGAAUUCUAGUCGAAUACUUUACUUCUAGUCGCGAUUUUUUAUUCGCUUUAUGGUACUCCUAUUUUAUCUCAUAAGUUGAAAUUAGACUAUAAGAUACAUUUAUGUCAAAUGGACUUUGAGAUAUUAUAAUCGUUAGUUCAUUAAAUGAACGUAUACCAUUUUGGAUUAUUGCAAAGACAUUGUUGCGUCUUGUUGACAAAUCUUACAAUGAAAAUCGUAUAUGUAUAUGUUAAUACUCAUUCACCUUGUAAGAGAUUAAUUCGUCUUGUAUAGACUUUGAGAUAACAAAUUCAGCUAAUAUUCAUGAGCCGCUCUAUUCGGCAUUAUUGUAACUACAAACGUAGGGUAAUCGCUCCUAUGGUUUGUAUGUAGUAUACGAUAGUUUCUUAAUAGCAAUUAUCGAGACACUGACGAUUAUAUAAAGCAGUCGUAAUCGUGUUACACAAGAAAAACGUGUAAACGAGGAUUGCAUUCGGACCAGCGUGCGUUCAAGGUAAGAUCGAUAUCUAAAUAUCUCAUGCGAAUUUAUAAGACAAGUGUUAAAAGGGUUUCUAUCAAGUUUCAUGACUGAUAUUAAUCUCUUGUUUGGCACACAGAUGACAUGUACACGAUUUCUCGAGAACGCUGUAUGGAGUUUUUAUUUCUACUUAUUAUUACAAUACACAUUUUAAAAAACAUACAAAAUUUAGGCAAAAUAUGGGUUCGAGAGUACAAUAUGAUUGUUGAUACAUGAAUAUUGUUUACAAAAGUAAUUAAUAUUUAAUUCGGAAUAUAUGUAUAAUGAUACAUUUCAGCUCUGCUUGGAACCAUCUUCGGUUGUGAUAAGAAUAUAUUACAAUUAUUUUUUAGUUGAUUGACGAUCUACUCUUUAAGAUUGAGUAGUUAGGUAGCCAAUAAUUUCAAAUUCAUUAAUAUUAAUUGUCUCCAGUUAAAAUUUAAAUUUGAGGCUAUUAAAAAAGACAUGCUAUUGGACGUUAAAAACGCCCGAACUUGGUUAAGUUUUAGAAAAAGACACAAUAUUGUAAUUUCCUCGAGCGAGAAUCUCUAUAACAAGUCUUCAAAUUCAGAAAAGAAAAACGAAGGCCAAGUUAUGCCAGAAGAAUCUAUAGAAGUUGAGAAUUUGCCUUCAACCUCAGCUUCAUUUUCGAUUGCUUCUACACAUCACAAGAUUUCGGAAGAAUCUAUAAAUGUUGAGUUAAAGAUUGGCGUGUAAUUUGACUGAAUGAUCAUGGUAACCAUGUCAAGAAAACGUGAUAGUUGAAAUUAAAACUGUGAUAGAAAAAUUAAUUCAUUGGUUGAAUAAUGGAAAAAUUACAAUAAUUUUAUAAUCUAAGACAUAUAUAUAGAAAAUAUAUUCAAAUAUUAGUAGGAAUGUAAAUAUAUUUUACAUUAUUCUUGAUUAAAUGUUACUUAUUUUAGUUCAUUAAGAAUCGCAUUUUUAUGUGAUCAUUUUGAAAUGUAACAUAAUUACAGGUGACUAAUGAAGAUAAGUUGAAUUUUAAUAACUUUAAUCUUUGCUGAAACCAAACGCUUGGUAAGAUUUUACAAAUACAUGUUUUAUUUUAACUAUUAUUGGAGAUUAUGCAAUGAAAUUGUUACGAGUGUUCACCGGAAAUCUUGUGCAUGUUUUCUGCCGAGAAAGUUCCAUGAUUAAAAAGUCGAGACGAAAUUGCAUACGUGCGGGAAUAGACUGAUAAGGAGUGACAGCCGAGAGUGCAAUAUCUACGCGAAACAUCUCUUGAUGUUGCACUAAUAAACAACGUAUUCAUUGUAAUAAGAAAGAUGGUACGUUAUCGCAAUGUGUCUCUUAGGAUUUCGUUGUAGAAGGCCGAUAGUGUCAGUAUAUGAUCCUGGAUAGCACUCGCAAUUUUAAUAUCAUUUUUGCACAUUUUUACACACAAACAUUAUAAUUGUAGCAUAUUUUGAUAUGACGAGUUUUUGUUAAGAUUCCUCACAUACCAUUAUCGAAGAAAGGAGAAAAUGUUAAUAGUCGAUGCAUAUUAAUCUCUAGUUUUUCGCAAGUACAUUUGUCGUGGAUAAUCAUGCGGAAAUGCGCUAGUAGCUUUAGAUGAGUUUUGUAAUUAUCGCGAAGAAGUAGCGCUUUAUUUCUUCUGCACACACGGCGAAUGCGAUCACUCGAGCGUAACGUCUAAGUUCCUAUUAUAAUUGGAAUCUCAUUUUUAUAUGUUAUCAUGAUAAAAUGAUAAAAAGGGAAAUAAAUACACUCGGCAAUCGUUUAAUUUGCUGAUACCGUUAUCAGAUCCCGUGCCAAGUGAUGCACUAAAGAUAUAUCAUAUGGAGUUUUAUUACCGGUAACGCUAUGCACGUUAAUGGUCUUUAGGAAUCUUUAAUGAAUCACUUGCGCUCCGUUGGCAAUCGCUUGGCUCUUUAAAUAUAUUUGCAGCAAUGAUUCGAAAUCUUUUCUAUAUUGUAUCUUUCAUUCUCGCAAAGAAAUGAGAAUCGAAGAUCAAUAUGACUAGAUCGAUUGUAGCAGAAUAUUUUAACGGAAUCGUGGACUUUUGUUAAUGCAUUCUCGGAGUACAGUAAAGUUGUAUAAAAAAUUGCGCAUUUUCUUAUAAAUUCCUUAAGGAAUUUAAAGUAAAUUUUUACUUUUUGGUAAAAAUAGAAUUGUACAAUUAAAUGUCAAGUAGUUAUACAUACUAUUUCCAAAAGUUUGCUGAUUUAAAUGAGAAAUUGUGCACUUACACAUUAAUUUAUUCCAAACACUAUCUUCGAAUUCCUCAGAGAAUCCAUUAUUCAAGAAAUAUACGCAAUUGAUGAAAAA